AAAAUGUAUAUGUACGAUACUGCACAUCUGAGGGAAAAAAGGGAAGAAAGUUGAACUCUUUCCAGGGUUUAUCAAUAUAGCACGUUUUAGGCGCUUCAACAGAUGGAGGGACGCUUUUCAACGGAGCGACAGAUUGAAACUGAAAGGCCGAGAGACUCGUAUCGGGAUACAACAGUCAAGCGUGUUGUUUCUAACUAAGCGUUCUCGGUUCGUUCUCUGAGAUGACAAGCUUGUGAUGUCCCGCACUCGGCGGUUUGGUAGGCCAUACAGGCUAUACGCAACAGACAACCAUGAUAAGUGAUGCAUUGCACGUGUUCGAUCAUUCUACACAGGUUCCGACUGUUCUACAUUGUGCUUGUAUUUUUCACCUGUGUUUAGAUACCUAAACUAAAGUGAAUAAUACAAUCAACGUCAAAAUGGCUGGAUCCUCCUACUGAAAACGAACUGACCUGGGAAGUGCUGGUGUUAAUCCGGAUUCUUGAAAUGCCUGGAGAGCAAACCAUCCGUCGAAAAUAUGAUCGCCUCAUAUUGGGGCAAGAAAACCAAAAGGAGUUAUCUCCCUGUGAAUGGAUUACCUCCCAUUCAAUCUGGCCGCAACAAGCCAGGAAUAUGGACCCUGCUUUGGUGGUUCUUGCUGAUUGCAGAGGUGUUCAUCUACAGCUCGUACACCAUCCUGGCACACCUGUGUCUGGUGGAGGGGAAACUGCCGUUCAGGUCAUCAUCAGUUGUCCUGUCUACAGAAGUUGUAAAGAUUGUCUUGUCUGUGGCAAUGAUGUUCCCGGAACUGCGAAGAGGUGAUAUCACCGUACCAUCACUGGCCAACUGCCUGCCGUUCUUGGUUCCUGCUGUGUUGUACUGCAUCAACAAUAACCUCAGUGUUUACAUGCAGGUGCAUAUGGACCCCACCACCUACCAGAUCCUUGGCAACAUGAAGGUGAUCACUACUGCAGUACUUUACCGGGUGAUCAUACAAAGGAGGCUGACCUUCAUCCAGUGGGCAUCAUUGGUUGUGCUAGGUACAGCAGGCAUGUUUGACAGCUAUGGAGGUAUACAGUCCAAGGGUUUGGCAUCGUCUGGAGAGAUACACCUUACUGUGGCAGGUCUGAUCAUGAUGUUCUCUUACUGUUGUAUAUCAGGCUUCGCAGGUGUCUACACAGAAUACAUAUUAAAGAGACACUAUCAGACAUCUCUCCAUGUUCAGAACACUCUCUUGUACACGUUCGGUAUUGUCCUCAAUGGUGGAGUGUGGGCUGUGCAGGAGGUUGGGAGCAGCAAGGAAGGAGGUGAGAGCUCAGGUAUGUUUGAUGGAUUCACAUUCUACACCUGGGUGAUCGUGGUCACACAGGCCUUCAAUGGACUGAUAAUGUCGGCCAUCAUGAAGCAUAGCAGUAACAUCACACGUCUCUUCAUCAUCUCCUGCGCCAUGCUGGUGACGACCCUGCUCUCGGUCGCCAUCUUCCAGCUGACCCUCAACAUGUAUUAUGUCCUUGCGUUUAUCUUGGUUGUAAUGGCCCUGUACAUGUAUCAUAGAUGAGGCUGUUAUGGAACUGUUUAUUGAGGCGUGUUUUAAUGGGCAUGACGUGCAAAGUGAUGAUGUGAAAGGUUGUUCAAUGUUUGAUUGUUAUGGUUAGAGACUCUGGAGCAGGGAUGAGAAUUUUCCGCGGAUCCGGGAGAAUUCCAGGAAUUUCAUAAGGCCAAGGGUCAUUUUUGUGAAUCGUCCAAAUC